AUGCAGCACCGCUCGCCGGCGGCGGCCACGGCCUCCGGAGCUGCCUCCGCUGCGGCCGCCAUGGAGCCAGGCGUCGGCGGCGUCGAGCCUGCGGUGACGCUCGACCAGGUGCCGCGCUGGAGCGACCCCGACCAGCGCCUGUACACACCGUCCUCCUCGUCCGCCACCGCCGAAGCCGCGGACGGCGGAUCCGAGCCCGCAGCGUCCGCCUUCCUCUCCUUCUCCGACCCGCUCACCGGCGACGACAGCGGCGCCGCCGGUGGUGGCUGCGCGGGCGCCUCGCGCUUCCCCGUGGACCACGAGAUCAACUCCAGGAUCUACCUCUGGCGGGGACAGCCCUGGAACAUGGAGGUCGAUGCCGUCGUCAACUCCACCAACGAGAGCUUGGACGAGGCGCACAGUAGUCCUGGGCUGCACGCUGCAGCAUGUUCUGGGCUCGCGGAGGAAUGCGCCACCUUGCAGGGAGGGUGCCGAACUGGGAUGGCAAAGAUGACCAAUGCAUACGAUCUUCCUGCGAGGAAGGUCAUCCAUACAGUGGGACCCAAAUAUGCUGUCAAGUAUCACACAGCUGCGGAAAAUGCACUUAGUCAUUGCUACCGGUCAUGUUUGGAACUACUCAUUGAGAACGGCCUUGAAAGCAUCGCAAUGGGUUGCAUAUACACGGAAGCUAAAAACUAUCCUCGUGAACCAGCUGCCCAUGUGGCAAUAAGGACUGUUAGAUGUUUUCUGGAGAAACAGAAAGGCAAGAUAGCUGGUGUUAUUUUUUGUAUUACAUCAUCAUCUGAUACAGAGAUAUACAAAAGAUUGCUUCCGCUAUAUUUCCCUCGGGACAAGCAAGAGGAAGAGACUGCGGUAUCAAAACUUCCAGCUGAUGUCGGGGAUGAGAAUGGUGAAACUGUAAUAGAUGAAAGGAAAAUAAGAAUAAGACCAUUGCCUGCUGGUGCAGCAGAUAGAACAGUGGCUACAGCUGCUGCUCUUGAUCUUCCUCUUGAGUCUGGAUUGGCAUCAAGCAGGAGUACAUUCAAACUGGAUUCGUAUUUGGACCCUUCAUUUAUGUCAUUAAUUAAAGACCCGGAUCUGCGGCGCAAGGAGCAGUGGGAAAAAUCUUCUCAAGCUCAAAAGGGAUUUAAUUAUGCUAGGUUGCUUGGAUAUGGUGAUAUAGGUUUCCCUCCAUUGUCUGCUGCCGAGGAAUAUUCACUUCAUUCACGAUACCUUGCGAAAGCAAAUUCCCUUAAUCUUUCAGAGGUUGCUGAGAUGAAAAUAAUUUACCGUGGCGGAGUUGAUAGUGAAGGGCGCCCAGUUAUGGUUGUUGUUGGUGCGCACUUUCUUCUUCGCUGCCUGGAUCUUGAACGGUUUGUUCUACAUGUAGUGAAGGAGUUUGAACCUUUGAUUCAGAAGCCAUAUACUAUUGUCUAUCUCCACUCGGCAGCAUCAUUACAACCGCAACCAGAUUUAGGAUUCAUGAAAAGGAUACAACAAAUACUAGGCCGGAAACAUCAGCGAAACCUUCAUGGGAUUUAUAUACUCCAUCCAACAUUGGGGUUGAGAACAGCUAUUCUGGGGAUGCAGCUUUUGAUUGAUGGAGAGGUAUGGAAGAAAGUUGUGUAUGUUGACAGGCUGGUGCAAUUGUUCAGAUAUGUACCACGCGAACAAUUAACUAUCCCAGAUUUUGUAUUUCAGCAUGAUUUGGAGGUGAAUGGUGGUAGAGGCAUGAUUGUGGACCCAAGAACAAAACAUAUCUAUCAGAGACCAUCUGGCUGA